AUGUCUCAUCAAUACCAUUUCGACGUUGCUAUGUCAUGCUCAGGGUGUUCCAAUGCUAUAAGCAGAGUGUUAAAUAAAUUGGAUGGUGAUAAUAAGAUUGAUGUUUCUUUAGAAAAGCAGACGGUCGAUAUAACCACAGAUAAAGACUACGAUACCAUUUACAACACCAUUGCAAAAACAGGCAAGAAAAUUAAUGAUGGUAAGGUUAUACAAUAG